UUUUGCAGUCCUGACCUGAAUCAGUCAGUUGUCAACGUCAGGUAUAAUUGUUAAAACGUAUUGAUAUUGGUUUGUUUACUGCUGAAAUAAAUUUAUGUGAAUUUAUUAAUUUUUGUGUUCCACCUAAUUCGCGUGUGUAUAAAUGGGGUAGUAAAAUUAUUCUAGAAUUUACAGUAAUUCAUAAUCUCCCAAAGUGGUGACAGUGAAUUUUGUUGGCUGUUAAAAAUUGCGUUUUGUAACAAUGGAAUCAGAUAUUAUAAAUUGGAGUAACAAAGAAGUUUUGGAAUUAUUACACAAAGAAAAAAUUACAGGCUAUAUUGUAGAUAUAUGUAAAGCACAAGAUAUCGACGGACAGUGUCUCCUAUCUUUCAUAGAUCGAGAUUUCUAUGACUACCCAUUUGAUCAGCUGAAACUUGGUGAAAGAAAAAGGUUUAUAUUACUAGUGAAAAGACUUCAAAAGAACAACCGAAAUGCUAUGUUUGAAUUGGGUCUAUGCGACGAGAACCUUAUUAAUCCAUCGACGAAUAUAAAUUUCCUGGGAACAAAUUUAUCCCACUUGAGUUACAACUUACACAACAGAGUGCCCAAUGACUUUCCGUACGACAGAAACACGGAUUGUGUGGCGAACUUCAAUCCUGAAGUCAAAGCUUCCAAACUAAAGCCAGAAAUAUGGAAAACAGCCCUUGCAUUAGGCUAUGUGUUCCUAGUAACUUGGGUGACAGCAGUAGUGAUGGUAAUAGUCCACGACAAAGUGCCAGACAUGAAGAAAUAUCCACCUUUACCAGACUUGUUCCUGGACAAUGUGCCGCACAUCCCGUGGGCGUUUGACAUGUGCGAGAUUACUGGCUCUUUGCUAAUGGCUAUUUGGCUUGUCGUCCUAUUCUUCCAUAAACAUAGGUUCAUAAUUCUGCGGCGGUUCUUCGCGCUCGCCGGCACCGUGUUCCUCCUGCGAUGCUUCACGAUGCUGAUCACGUCGCUGUCAGUGCCGGGCUCCCACCUGAAGUGCGAGCCGCGCUCGUACCCGCCCGCCGACGACCUCACUGUGUGGGGCCGGCGGCUGCGGCAGGCCUACGACAUCUGGUCCGGCGCGGGCAUGUCCGUGCGCGGCGUCCGCACCUGCGGCGAUUAUAUGUUCUCCGGACACACCGUCGCUCUCACGCUGCUCAACUUCUUCAUCACAGAAUACACAUGCCGCAGCCUAUACCUCCUCCACAUCCUCACCUGGGUGAUGAACAUGUUCGGAAUCUUCUUCAUCCUGGCCGCGCACGAGCACUACUCCAUCGACGUGUUCAUAGCAUUCUACAUCACGUCCAGGCUGUUCCUGUACUACCACACGCUCAGCAACAAUCAGGCGCUCAUGCAGAACGACUCCUCCAGAACGCGCAUCUGGUUCCCGCUGCUGUCGUUCUUCGAGUCGGAGGUGGACGGUAUCGUGCCCAAUGAGUACGAGGGCCCGCUGACGAUCGCGCGCAACGUGCGGCGCUGGGCGCGGCGGCUGCUGCGCUCGCCCGCCGACCACUCGGUCGUCAGACUAGUCGACGGGAUCAAAAGAAACUUGAGCCUCAUAGAGGAGUUCAAGAACUCCCGGCAACGCCUGGGCAUCGACAAGAACAUCCAGGCGUCGCUGCUGGACGAGCGGGAGACGCUCACAGGAGACGCCGGCAGCCAAGACAAGAAGAGUAUAUGAAGGAAUGAGGCUAUUUAGAUCAUAGUGCGUUUAGUGACCUGUCUACAAUUCCAUUAUAGAUUUUAUAAAGUGUUAUUCCAUAUUUAUUUAACUAUAAGUUAAAUGUUAAGAAAUUUAUUUGCUCAAGUACCUACUCGAAUAAAUCUUUUUCGCUUAUUUCUGUUUUUAUUUUGACGACCUCCGUGGCGCAGUGGCAAAGUGCUUGCCCCUGAACCUAGAGGUCCCGGGUUCGAUCCCCGGUCGGGUCAUGAUGGAAAAUUAUCUUUUUCUGAUUGGCCCGGGUCUUGGAUGUUUAUCUAUAUAUGCAUUUGUUAUAAAAUAUAGUAUCGUUGAGUUAGUAUCCCAUAACACAAGUUUCGAACUUACUUUGGGGCUAGCUCAAUCUGUGUGAUUUGUCCUAAUAUAUGUAUUUACUUAUAUUUAUUUUAUUGUCGGGUGCAGAGUUGUAAUAUUGAAAUGUGACUCUAAAGUCAGUGGAGUAAAGUCUAAAGUCGCCUGUGACUACGACUCGAAUGGAAAAAACGUCGCUAUGUCUAUUCGGGCAAAUACUGUCCGUUUUAACCAAAUAAUUUAUUUUUGUAGAUGUACAUAAAUAAGACAUUAAUAAAUAAAAGUUUUUAGUUACAAAUUAAAUAUUUUGAAGCAUUC